AUGGCAACACCACUACGCUCGUUCACGGCCACGGGCCUCCUCCGACGAGCCCGGUUACACAGACCCAUAAUUCUCAACGACCCCCCCAUCGUACCAUCCCGGCCCUUCACGGCAAGUGCGGGGCUUUCGUCCUCAUCUUCUUCCGCGACUAAAGCCCUCCUCGAGGACCGAGACUCUGGUUUUGGCUUCGUGCGCCACAACCCGGCGCCUCGAAGCAGCGCACUCGCGCUCCCACGGUACCUCUCCGACGUCGUCGAAACCAUGGGCCCUCACAUCGACGGGCUGAAGCUCGCCGGCGGGUCAUUCAGCCUGUUCCCUGAGGCUCCCUUGCGCCAGCUCAUCGACCUCGCGCACACGCACGGGGUAUACGUCAGCACCGGGGGCUGGAUGGAGCACGUGCUCGCCGGCAGCGGCGGCGACAUCGGCGGCGCCGUCGACAAGUUACCUGGCCAGCUGAGCACGGGGUUCCUGAGCCUGCCGGCGGACGACUGGGCGCGGCUCGCGGAGCGCGUGCAGCGGGCUGGGCUGACGCCGAAGCCCGAAUUGGGCAUCCAGUUUGGCGCGGGCGGCGACACGUCGGCGGCUGAGUUGCGGGGUACUGGGACGAGCGACCCGGGGAAGGUGGUCAAUAUGGCGAAGCGGUUCGUGCGCGAGGUUGGCGUCGAGCGCGUUAUGAUUGAGAGUGAGGGGAUCACGGAGAAUGUGCAGGCUUGGCGGACCGGUGUCAUUCAGUCGAUACUGAGGGAGCUGCCCCUGGAUAAUGUGCAUAUCUACACUUCAGUGUCGAGGCCUGACGCUACUAGGUAUAUCCCAGAGUUUGGUGUGGAUGUGAACCUCUUCGUGGAUCACUCGCAAAUCGUCCAGCUAGCAGGGCUAAGAGCUGGCAUUUGGGGUAAGAGUGAUAUCUUUGGGAAGGUCACUACCGUCAGGCCAUAA